AAAUGCCAAGCAAAAAAUAAAUAGCUGGCGUUAGUCCGCCUAGCUUGCAUUAGUUUAGUAUAUUUGCUUUCGGUGUGAAUAGGUAAAUAAGCGAUAAAUUUUGCUCAAUAGUCGAUACAUAAGAACUUGGAUAAAAUCCUUUCAAGAUGGUGGUUAGAUCAUAUAAUGAAGAAUUGAAGUAUUUGGAGAAAAUUAACCCAUAUUGUUGGAGAAUCAAGAAGGGAUUCCAACCUAACAUGAAUGUGGAAGGUGUAUUUUACGUGAACGAGCACCUGGAAAAAUUGAUGUUGGAGGAGUUGAGGAACUCAUGUCGACCUGGGAUGACCGGCGGUUUUCUUCCCGGCGUGAAGCAAAUAGCAAAUGUGGCGGCUUUACCGGGGAUCGUGGGCCGGUCGAUAGGCUUGCCGGAUGUACAUUCUGGAUAUGGUUUCGCCAUAGGAAAUAUGGCAGCCUUUGAUAUGUCUGACCCAAAAUCAAUUGUAUCCCCUGGUGGAGUAGGUUUUGAUAUCAACUGUGGUGUGCGUCUUGUCAGGACUAAUUUACAGGAAAAGGAUGUAUUGCCAGUUAAGGAGCAGUUGGCUCAAAGCCUAUUUGACCACAUCCCAGUGGGAGUGGGAUCCAAAGGUAUCAUACCUAUGAAUGCUCGAGACAUGGAGGAAGCUCUUGAGAUGGGAAUGGACUGGUCACUGAGAGAAGGUUAUGUUUGGGCUGAAGACAAAGAGCACUGUGAAGAAUAUGGACGUAUGUUAAAUGCUGAUCCAUCCAAAGUCAGUCUGAGGGCUAAGAAGAGGGGUCUACCUCAGUUGGGAACUUUGGGUGCUGGCAAUCAUUAUGCUGAAAUCCAAGUAGUGGAUGAAAUCUAUGAUAAAUAUGCUGCGGGCAAAAUGGGCCUUGAGAGAAUAGGUCAAGUCUGUGUCAUGAUCCACUCAGGAAGCAGAGGAUUUGGGCAUCAGGUAGCCACUGAUGCUCUUGUACAGAUGGAGAAAGCUAUGAAGAGAGACAAUAUUGAAACCAAUGACAGACAGUUGGCUUGUGCAAGGAUAAACUCUCCAGAAGGUCAGGACUACUUGAAGGCAAUGGCAGCCGCAGCUAACUUUGCUUGGGUCAAUCGCAGCUCCAUGACAUUCCUAACCAGGCAGGCAUUUGCAAAACAGUUCAAAAUGGCUCCUGAUGACUUAGACAUGCAUGUUAUUUAUGAUGUUUCCCACAAUAUUGCAAAAUCUGAGGAGCACAUUGUAGAUGGUAAACUAAAGACACUAUUGGUGCACAGGAAGGGUUCCACAAGAGCUUUUCCUCCACAUCAUCCACUCAUUCCUGUGGACUACCAACUGACUGGCCAGCCUGUACUUAUUGGUGGCACUAUGGGCACAUGCAGCUAUGUACUCACUGGAACUGCACAGGGCAUGACUGAAACAUUUGGAUCCACCUGCCAUGGAGCUGGUCGUGCUCUAUCCCGAGCGAAGUCUAGGCGCAACAUAGACUACAAGGAAGUCCUAAACAAACUAGAUACAAUGGGCAUUUCUAUAAGAGUGGCUUCACCUAAACUAGUCAUGGAAGAAGCUCCAGAAUCAUACAAGAAUGUAACUGAUGUCGUAAAUACUUGCCAUGAAGCUGGUAUCAGCAAGAAGACAGUUAAAUUAAGACCUAUUGCAGUUAUUAAGGGAUAGAUUAUUAUUCAUGAACUAAGCUAUGUUUCAAUAGGUUAAUUAUCUACAUUUUGUAUUUAUUUUCUACAAAUUAUUUUCAAUAAACUAUAUAACUCAA